GCCCACUCCACAGAGCAAGCCAAGCCAGAGAUAAAACCAACUCGGACGCGCCGGCAGCGCAGCAACCGCACCGCACGCCCUCGCCGUCGCCAUGGCCACGGCCUCCGGCUCCUCCUCCCUCUCCGCCGCGUCCUUCCUCUCCCCAGCCCCGUCUCGCCCCCGCCCCCUCUUCCGCGCCCUCGCGGCCUCGGGCUCGGGCGGCGGCAAGAAGAAGGCCGGCAAGUCCAAGAGCAGCAGCAGCAGCAAGGGCAAGGGCAAGGAGAAGGCGCUGGAGCCGCCGCCUGACGUGACGGUCCGCCGCGCGCCGGCCGGGAGCGCGUCGGUGUUCGAGCAGCAGCGGACGAAGGCGGGGUUCAACCCCGGCGGCCGCGGGAAUCGGUUCACGGAGGACGAGGUCCGGCAGCGGCAGGCCACCGAGAGCGCCUUCCUCUUCGCCUGGCUGGGCCUCGGCGGGAUCAUCCUCUUCCAGGGCCUCGCUCUCGCCGCCUCCGGUUUUCUGCCCACAGAAUGGGACAGUUUUUUAGUUAAGUACCUGUAUCCGUCGUUCACCCCGACAGUACUCUUGUUCCUCGGGGGUACGACUGGAUAUGGCGUCUUCAAGUACUUUGAAGGCGAAAAAAGCAAAGACUAGAUUCGUUUCAAAGCAAAGCAUCUCGGAGCAGAGUUUGCUGACUUUGAGGGGUGGAGUUCCUUGUUAGUGUGGUAAAGGAACAUAGUACUGUCUCAGAAGUAGCUUAAGGCAGGAGAUGAGUCCCAGAGAGCUAGGCUGUUGCUGUAAAAGAAUUUCUCUUUUUGUCGCCAAUCCUGAAUUACUGACGAUCUUCUAUGUAAAGGUAAUAGCCAUUGUAUAUUCAUGUAUGAACUGAGCUGUAUAAUGGUUCCUACGCACUAGUCACAUGGCCGUCUGUACAUGUUACUUGUAUCGAGCAUUUGUGCCCUGUUCAGUGUA